CCUGAUCCUGGGGUUGCGACUUCAAACUCUAGUUUUCUGUCAAGCCCUUCAGCAAACACAAUACCUGCACACUUGCAUUCUCUUCGCAUUUGUUGUUUUUGUCUACGAAGAAAAUCAAAGACUCCAAUUCUGAUCUGAUCUGCGGCACAGGAGAAAGUGAUGGGGUACGUUCUGAGAGUUAGGUUGGCAUCUUUCUUUGCAGGUGCUGCAACAGCGUCAGCUGUUGGUCUAUAUGUCCUUCAAAAAGAUUACAAGGUCGCUCACGAAUCCCUCUCUCGGCAGAUGAAAGGCCUCUAUGAGUCUUUGGAUGGACGUAUCUCAACUCUGGAGAAGUUGAAAGAAGCUGAGGCUCCUCAGCCUGUGGAAGCUGCCGAGUAAAUGUCACGGAGGGCAUAUGCAAUGUACAAAUAUGAGAUAAAAACCCUGGAAAGUUAAGUCCUGCUAUUGUGAGCACGGUGGUUGAAUAUGUAUGUUCCAUUUGUAGGUGGGUCAUUGGUAAUCCCAUGUUUCUGAGGCUCGAUUAGCACAGAUCAAGGUGUUGGCUGCCAGUGGAACAAUUUGGCAUUGGAGUCAAAAUCAUUUUAGACCUCAUAUGCUUGUAGUGAGCUGGUUAAGGCGUUUCAGUUUGUUUGGGGAAAAUUUUGAUACAUAAUUGUAGAAUUGUUAAUUAACUCCAACAUUGGGAAGGAAGACUUGGUACAAAAAUGCUUAAUGAGUAAAGGCCUAAUUGUUGGUUA